AUGCGAUUUCGACGCCUGACCCCUGGCUACUUCCGAGUGCUACAGAUGCAGAUAGCCGGGGAGCUGAAGGCAGAGCCCCGGAGUCCGCUGGCGGGGAUUGUGGCUGCAGUGCUGGCUGUCCUCGGGCUGGGCGGCUCCUGCUACGCUGUCUGGAAGAUGGUGGGGCAGCGGCGGCCGCCACAGGCUCCAUGA